ACACACACAUCCUUCAUCCAUCAUAGGCUGGAAUGGGCUGAUUCAGUAGGAAUGGCCUGCUGAGUGAGUGGGACCUCAGCUUAGACAUCCGCCUCCCUUUUACAUUGUGCACAACAAGUCUGACACGUAUUUAGGAGGAUAGGCUAUAGGUCUCUAGGUUGUUUUCUCUUUGAAAUACCCAGAUUUUCUACAAUUUUCAUGAUGUUCGGACUCGGAAUGCAGGCCCAGGCUAUAUUUGAUGGUAAGCCUUCAUAAUUAUAAAUAAUUGAUCUAGGCUACAGCUCAAACACUGUAAAAACCGAGAAGUUGUUUUCAUGAGUACCUUGGUUGUUUCCACAUUCCACCUCUUAACAGCCAGUGUUGUUUCUUUUACCUCAGGUAUCGAGAAGCUGUGUUCUAAGAGGGAUGAGCUGAACCGUCAGAUCCAGCAGGAGGAGGAGGAGAAGGGUCGUCUGCAGCACGACAUCCAUGUCCUCACCGAGAAACUACGCCGCGUCAACGAGAGCCUGGCCCGACGACACUCCGUCCGCGCUGACUUUGACCACACCAUCGGCGAGACCGAGGGUGCCUUUAUGAAGAUUCUGGAGAGCUGUCAAACACUGCUGAGUGUAAUAAAGAAGGAAGCAGGAAAUCUCGGCAAAGCCACUGAACCCGGAAGGAAAGACCACUGACAUCCAGACUACCGCUCCUAAACCUAACCUCUCACCCAGGCACCAGCAUUUCCCCUCACCCUUGUAACUGUGCACUGUUUGUACACUGAACAAAAAUAUAAAUGCAACAUGCGACCAUUUCAAAGAUUUUACUGAGUUACAGUUCAUAUAAGGAAAUCAGUCAAUUUAAAUAAAUUCAUUAGGCCCUAAUCUAAUUUGAAGGUGUUCCUAAUAUUUGUAUAUACAGUAUAUUUAUGUAAAAUGUUUUGACUUUGUCUAAUACUGCUGUUCACUGGCAUACUUAUUUUAUACCAAUUGAAUCAUUUUAAUAAAGAUGAUCUGUGAAGAA